AUUACACGAUUUGUCAUAGCCAGUCGUUGAACGAAUGUAGUGUUCUUGUCUUUUUUGUCGUACAAUAGAAUUUGUUUAAAGAGAUAAAUUAUCUUUGUUGUGUAGUUACUAACAUCCAACGAAAUAACUCUAAUAAUUGAACAAACAGUUAUACGGUUCAGUAUUGUGAAAAGAAAAACAAACAAAAGUUAUUACUUGGUUGCACCUGACUGACUCGCUAGUUUGUGGAAGUGCUCGUGAGUAGGAAAAUCAGCACUGGGUGGGGACCAGGUGUUGAAAUUGGUGGGUCAAGGAAAAGAAUACGGUGCUUACAAGUACAGGACUCAAGGACAGUUAGUUCAAAUUGUCAACAUAUACGCAGCUGCCGUUUAGUUUAAUCAGGAUAUGGGGCAAAGAUUAUUCUAGUGAUAUAUCGGAACGGUUCGCGAAGAUAACCCCAAAAACGAGGUCAACAAUUGCACAAUCAUCGUUGCAAAAAGUGCAUGUUUUGGAAUCAACACUGGUUAUUUGCCAACCGGGAGUGAAAUAGAAAACGAACAUUUAUUGAUUCGUCUACAAAGGACUGCCAAGCUGGAAGCCCCAAAAGCUUGUUGCUUCAAUAUGGGACAUGGCAAGAACUAAAACAAAUUGUGAUGUUUGCGGUCUCCGUUCAACGCUUCAAUGGCACAGGAUAGCAGAAACAAUAUUACAUAAUUUUUGUUGAUGUUUUUUUCUUCUCUCCUCUGAUUGUGUCAUUUUGGGACUAGUUUUGUGUAAGUCGCGAGACGGAACGAAGCAACGAUGGCUCGCAGUGGAGGCAGCAAAUGCCCUCACCUAGAGAACGUUGUCCAGUUGUCGUUGCUGGAGCUAUGCAAGUUGAAAAAGGGUGAACCGUGCACCGAGUGCGACGCGAAUGGUCCAAAUUUGUGGAUUUGCUUGCAAAAGAACUGCCUGCACAUCGGCUGUUCGGAGCAGUACAAUGACCAUAGUACAACCCACUUCCAGACCAGCCGGACUCACUGCAUACACAUGAAUCUUUCGUCGCAGCGUAUCUGGUGUUAUCUGUGUGAGUUCGAGGUGUUCCUGGUGCAGCAACAGCACCAGCAGAUCCGGCGAACUUCGAUGGUCAGCAAUGAUUCCAGCGAUACUAGCCGCUAUUCGGCAGGCAAUGAGAAGCUUUUGAUGUACGGUGAUCGAUUCUCCAGUGGUGGUGGUGGUGGUGGUGGUGGCGUUGGUGCCGGGGGCGAGUCCUGCGACAGUAGCUGCGAGGAAGACGAAUUCGAGAGGCAUGGUAAAUGGAAUGGAUUGGUUGGAUUGCAGAAUAUAGCCAAUACUUGCUACAUGAAUGCAGCACUUCAAGCGUUGAGCAACAGUCCUCCGUUGACGGGGUUCUUUUUGGAUUGUGGUUCAGUGUUGGAGACAGACCUGUUGGGGAAUCAAACCGUUUCGAAACCAGGACUGGCUAAACAUUAUCAUAAACUGAUCAAAGAAAUGUGGUGCAAAAACCGUCGCUAUAUCGUGCCGAGUGGAAUUCUGUAUGGAAUACGGAUUGUUCAUCCGAUGUUUAGAGGUUACCAACAGCAUGACACCCAGGAGUUUCUUCGGUGUUUUAUGGAUCAACUGCACGAAGAGUUGAAGGAGGACGCUCAGCCUCCGCCGGAGUUGCUAUCGCUGCGUGGUAGAGAUCACCGAAACGGUGAUGAUCAAUCGGUUUGUUCUUCUCCGUCACCGUCGCAAUCGGAAGCGGAGUAUGAGACCUGCGACAGUGGUGUCUCGGAACAGUCGAGCCUAUCGGAUGACGUGUCUGUCAGUUGUAAACGAACCAGAAAAGUAUCCCGAUCGCCUAGUCCCACAAGCCAAAGAAACGUUAGUUCAAACAGUCGGCAGCAGUCUCCGAUUGGCAGCAAUCGAAGUACAUCCAGCAGCACCGGUAGCAUGACUUCCUCACACCAACAGCAACAAGGUGGAAACGUCAGUGAUACACAGCAGCAGAAAACUGCCAAGGAUAAAAUUUCGGAACGAUCCAUAAUCAGUGAUAUUUUUGAUGGCAAACUUCUUUCGUCGGUUCAGUGUUUGACGUGCGAUCGCAUAUCGACCCGAGAGGAAACAUUCCAAGACCUGUCAUUGCCAAUUCCAGGAAAGGACCAUUUAGCCGUGCUACAUCAGAAUCAUUCCGGAAUGCCUGCCGCUAAUCAUCCGAGUUCGGUUGGUGGUAGUGGUGGUGGUGGUGGCAACAGCAGCAGUAGCAGCGGGAUCACCUGUUCCGAUGCGGUCUAUCCCGUCACUGGGGACAGUUGGAUCUGGUGGAUUUGGAAUUGGCCAUUUUGGACGUGGGUUCGCUCGUGGUUCUGGGGACCGGCCGUUAGUUUGCACGAUUGUAUGGCGGCUUUUUUCAGUGCCGACGAGUUGAAGGGAGACAAUAUGUACAGCUGUGAAAAGUGCAAUAAACUGCGGAACGGUGUGAAAUAUUCCCGUGUGUUGGCCUUACCGGAAAUGUUGUGUGUUCACUUGAAGCGCUUCCGGCACGAUUUGUCGUACAGUUCAAAAAUUUCCAGCCCCGUUCAUUUCCCGUUGCAUGGGCUUGAUAUGCGUCCGUAUCUGCACAAGGACUGUAAAUCGGAUGUCACUUCGUACGACCUGUGCGCGGUUAUUUGCCAUCAUGGUACGGUAGGUGGAGGUCACUAUACCAGUUUUGCCAAACACGAUCCCACCGGAAAGUGGUUCGAGUUCGAUGACCAACUUGUGACGCAGGUUAGUCCCGAGGAUGUACAAAAUUGUGAAGCCUACGUACUGUUCUAUCGAAAGAACAACACGAAAAUGAUGACGAUCCGGGCACAGGCGAACGAUUUGAUUAGCGUCCAGGAACACGCCUCCGAUAUUCGGUUCUACAUCUCACGGAAUUGGUUGCAUCGGUUCAACACGUUCGCCGAACCGGGACCCAUUGACAACUGGACGUUGCUUUGUCCGCAUGGCGCAUUUCCACCGAGCAAGGCACCGUACUUUUCGAAGCUAGUAGUGCCAAUUCCGCAAGCAUUGUGGGAUUUUUUGUACCAAAAAUUUGGUGGUGGCCCCGUGUGUAAUCACAUCUUUCCCUGCCACAUUUGUAAAAAAGCUGCUGAGUCACUGUCGAGAAGGCAGCGAGCAGAACUAGAAGCAUUUACCGCAUGUAAUGACGAAUACCAGUACAACGAAAACCCAACCACCAUUUAUGCGAUCUCAAUGGCUUGGUUCCGCCAGUGGCAGAUGUUUGCCCGUGGUGUAACCACCGAAGAGCCAGGUCCGAUCGAUAACAAACUGAUAGCAAUUCCCGGAGAUAUGAGCAUUCCACUGCGCAGUGUUCGUCAGGGUUCGGACUAUGCACAGAUUAAUUGUACGCUUUGGCAUUUCUUCUACGGCAUUUACGGUGGCGGACCGGAAAUUGUCCUCCGGGGUCAGCCCGUACCACCACCAGAACCAAGGGUGGCAAAGCCCGUCAAGGAGCGCGAACAAGAACCCAUGGAUGUCGGUGAAUCGAUUAGCCAGUCUUCGAAAAAUGUCUCAGUCACCAACGGGCGCCAGGAUACGGCGGCCGAAGUUCCGAAUGAUGUGUCAUCACAGGGUGUAGCCAUUCCAACCUAUCAGAAACCCCAGAAGAGCGUAUCUUUCGAGGACAAUGAAAGCUACAUGGAAAACGAAGAUCACAACGAAUCCGCUCGGUCGGUGCAGAUGAAACGAAAACAGAUGAAACAACAGAAGGAACAAAGCAAGGAAUCGAAGAAAGCUGAAACGGACAGUGCCGAUGGGUUGGGCACCUAUCAACGGCGGAAACAACUCAAACAUCAGCAGCAGGUAACGCAGGAUGCCGGAAAUGAAAAACACUUUGCCGAUAUGGUGGACAGCAGAGACAAAAAGGAAAGGCGACAUCGAGCCGGAAUGAAAACGAACGGUCUCUUUGGAGCAGAAGGUAAAUACCAGGCCACCAGUGCGGAAACCACCAACAAUGCACCCAUUCCUCGGGCGGAAUCGUUCUCGCAGCCUUCGAUUGCCACCAAAGUCAAUUACAACAGCCUUGGUACUGCCACGGUAACAUUUUCCCGAUCCGCAGACGAAACUCAUCACCAUGCCAGUGCCAACGGGACUACCGUGUCCGGUAGCGGUGCUGAUUCCUCGAAGUCGGUCGAUGAAAUUAUGCCACUGCUAACGCAAACCUCCAUCAGUCGUGCUCAUACAACCGAAAACGAGGACGAUGACGAUAACGAAAGUGAUGGCGAUCCGGUAGUUUCGGUAAAGGAACGAUCGCAUCACCAUGGCCUCCGGAAGGGUCAUCGAUCGGGCAACCACCCGGUCGAAAACGGCCAACCCGAACGCGGCAUGAUGUCUUUCGGUAGGAAAAAACUCAAGUCAAAAUAUUUGAAGAGCAAAUCGACCAAAUCAGGAGUCAUACUGGACGGUACGAUUGGACAGAUAUCGCCCGUAGCCAACGGAACAAACGCCAGUGACAGCGAGAAAUGAGUAGAACCAGUGCUUCGACGGUUUCGUUUGCUACUACCAUUUUCGUGAUAGUUUUGUUUAAAAAAAGUAAAUAGUUUAUUUGUUCAUAAAACACUUUCUUUUACUCUGUUUUGUGUAGGAGGUUUUAUAUUUGCUCUUUGGGGAGUAACAUGGUUAUUAGUUCUACUAAAUGUGGUAAACGUUGAAUUAGUUUUAUUUUCGUCGGUCGGAAUGUUAUUCUAGUGCUCGUUAGAUUGUUGGACUUUCCUGUCGAAGUAGAAAAGGACCUGUUCAGAAUACCGGGAAGCAAUGCAAAUAAUGUAUUUAAUUGUAACAAAAUCAUCAUUCUUUUUCAAAUUGCCGUGCUAGGGGUUGUUAACAAUAAACAAUUAGAUAUAAAUUUCUGUUUGCUCAUUGAUAAUAUAAUGAUCCAAAAAGAUACGAUUACCGAUUGCAGUUCAAUAGAAUGUCCUUUUCAAGUUGAUAGAUACCAUUACAUUUUUCUUGACAUGCGUUAAAAAAGGAAUAAAUAAUUCUAGCAGCCGUACGGAAAUUCGAUGGGAAUAUCUAUAAAUUCUUAAAUAAAGUAGUGAAGUAAAAAUA